AUGUGGACAUUAAGAUUAACGGAAUUGGACCCCAAAACAUCUGUGACAGCGAAGAAACAUUUAACAGGCAACAAUGGCGUCGGGACCUCUCAUCCAAUAGUAGCAGAAGAAGUAACAAAUGAACCUGAUUUGGUAGAAAAAUGUGGGAAGCUUAUAUCCAAUGAUGGGAGAGAAAACAGAAGACAGAGCAUUGCCAGCUAUGCAUGGGGUGCAAAGGACAAAGUGAGAGUGACACGCAAUGAAAAGAGAACGCUGACGCUGAAAGAUAACUUAAAAUGCUCCGCCACUGCCACCGAAACAUGGUUCCCUUACAUGGAUUAG